UUUCAAGCUUGUGUGAACGCCAGCUUCUCAGCGGCUAGUCUCAGCCGCGUCGUUGCUGUCGGUGAGAGCAGAAGGGCGUCGUUGCUGUCGGUGUCAAAAGAGUCGGCUAUUGGGAAUAUAUCUACCAGACUUGGUCUAGCUAAGCAAGCGAAAAGCUCAGUUCAUUCCUUUGCUCUAAGAUCGCGGAGGCGUGUGGAGAUUGACUUCGGAAAAGCCCUGGUUCCAAAGGUGUGUGUGGAUGGUGUUUGGCACUCGGUUGAGGCGCGAUCGUAUACUGAGGUGCUCCCCGCCGGUUGUUGGAGCGACGCGAGCCGGGCCGGGUCUCGAUUCAGAAAGAUGAAGGUCAAUUGCAUCUUUUUUAUGACUUCACUGCGAGGACUGACUCCUACCCCGCUCUUUACCCACACCCAACUCGUAAACAAAGCCAGGAACUAUGCCUGA